AUGGUAUUCUCAGUGCAGGAAGAAAUAAACGACAUACUGAAGCGAAUUGGUUUUAAAGAAAAGACACCAAUUCAGAAGAAGCUGCUGCCUUUCACAGAGAAAAAAGACAUAAUUGGCCUUUCAGAGACGGGAACGGGGAAAACUGCGUGCUUUGUUAUACCCCUCAUAGAGUCACUUGCAGAAGACCCAUAUGGCGUACACUCUCUUAUACUAACACCAACUAGAGAGCUGGCUGUUCAGACAAAGGAGAAGGUAGAUACCAUGGGAAGCUAUUUUGGAAUAACAUGCGAAAUAAUACACGGGGGAAUGGAUGUACACAAGCAGGCCGCAAGGCUUCAAAAGAAACCGCACAUUGUUAUAGCCACGCCAGGGCGGCUGGCUGCUAUGUUCUGUAGUGAAGACAAUGUGAGUGUGUUCAAGAGAAUAAAGAAAAUAGCAUUGGACGAGGCAGAUCUUCUUCUAAACAGCGACCAGUCACCGGCCAUUUAUACAAUACUUAGUGAGCUUUUAAAGCGAACACCAAAAGCACAGCUGCUUCUAUUCUCAGCAACUGACAUAGUGCCAAAAAUAGCAAUUAAAGUGCACGAGCAAGGCAGGCAGUACCAGAAAGACUCGGAAAGCGCGUUUGCUGCAGAUGAACAGCUAUGCAGUGAGAAAGAAGGCCGGCAGGAGAAAGAAAACAAUGUAAAUACCGAGGGUGCAGUAGUUUUAGAGAAAGACUCACAAAAAGACGCAUGUGUUAAUGGAGAGAAGAAAGAAAAAGAAGCUCAUCCUGGAGUAUCCAUGAGUGAAGACGAAAUAGUUGAAAAAACUAUAUGUCCAGAAUUAUGGAAGCUUAUUCUUGCACGGGACAUCAGGACUGUUGACACGCGGCAGAGCCCAAUACCUAAAACCAUUACGCAGGAAUAUGCUCUUGUUCACCGGCAGUCUAAAGAUGCGCAUCUGGCAACUCUUCUACUUGAAGAGUACAAAGACUCAAAGGUCAUUGUAUUUAUGAACCGAGCAGACAACUGUGCAAUUCUUUCAGAGGUGCUGCAGGAGCUCGGAAUAAAUGCAGUGGGUCUGAGCAGGUGCACAGACAACAAAACACGGCACACCUCCUUUUUUAGAUUUAGGUCAGGCCUAGCGCGAGUUCUCUUGACAACUGAUGUGCUUUCAAGAGGGCUGGAUGUAAAGGAUGUUGGCUGUGUUAUAAAUUAUGACCUACCAAAUUACUACACAGACUACAUCCACAGAAUAGGAAGAACAGGAAGAAUCCAGCAAAAGGGGCGCGCGCUUUCUUUUGUUACUGCAGCAGAUAUGGCAAUUCUUAGAAACAUACAGGCAAAGGCAUCCACAGAAAUAGCAGAGAAAGAGCUUAGGCCCUUCACGACUGCUCGACUAAUGAACAAGAUCACCACGCAUAGAGAGUUUAUUAUGUCUAGAAUAGAAAAGACCAUUUUAAAAUCUAAAAGAUAGAUAGAGGGCCUCUAUAUAGAAGCAUUCUCUAUCUACUGAUAAUAUUAAUUAAAUACAUAUAAAGUAGUGCA